GCCCUAAGAGAGGCAGUUUACUGUAUCCAGCUGGUCAUCCGAGCUUCUAGCUGGACGGGGCACCAUGGAUCCUAAAAAUGUUGGUGACAUUCAAGCUUUGCUCAAUCUGUACAAACAGGAUCCAACGCUCUUGAGAGCAAAACAACUGAGCUUCCUAAGAGAUUCAUUGGAGAGCAUGGGGGACACCAUUUCAGGUUUCCAGAGAAUUGAAGCCUUUCCUCUGAGACUUGGUAAAGAGGAAGGGAAACCACCCGAACAGCUUACCAGCGAGGAGAGCGAUUUAGAGUUGGAUGACGAUGGAAUUAUCAAACCAGAUGAAGAUGAACCCCAGGAAAUGGGAGACGAAAAUGUGGAGGUUACAAAUGAUAUGAAAAGCAAGGCUGAGGAGAAGGAGGCGGAGGCAUAUGCUUUCCUGGAGACAGGAGAACUGCAGAAUGCCAUUGAUCUGCUUACAGAGGCUAUCAAGCUGAAUCCCCUGUCACCAAUCCUGUAUGCCAACCGCGCCAGUGUCUUUGUCAAAUUGCAGAAGCCCAAUGCUGCCAUUAGAGACUGCAACAAAGCGUCAGAGCUCAACCCCAACGAUGCGCAGGCCUACAAGUGGAGAGGGAAAGCGCAUAUGCUUUUGGGUCACUGGGAAGAAGCUGCUGAAGACCUUGCAUUAGCCUGUAUAUGGGAUUAUGAUGAAGACACCAAUUCCCUGCUAAAGGAGGUUCAACCCAAGGCCCUGAAGAUGAUCGAACACCACACCAAAUAUAAAAGAAAGCGAACACUGAAGAAGAUCCAGAAGAUCCAGUCAACUCUGGACUGGAUUAAGAGUAUCCUGGAAGAACAAGAAAGGGUACAGAAUGAAGAAAAUAUUUGGCAGUGGAUGACUCGAGCCUGUCGGAGGUACUUUGACUUUUUUAUGGCUGUUAUGGAUCCUAGAAUUGUCCUGGCCUGGCUGGACGUCACCUGGAACCCAGACAAUAUCUCCAAAUACCGGGACAACCACAAGUUUAUGAAGUUCAUUGGUCAGGUUGACUGAAAGUUGAGGCCAGCCAUAAAUAAGCCUUUCAUUAAAUGAAAUUGUAGUGUGCGCCACCAUG